AUGAAUAAAGAACAGAACUCGAUUAACUCGUCCACAGAUAGCGUAGAAAUGACUUAAUAUGGGGAUCAGCAGAUGAAGCACAUCAAUAAUGGUGCUUAAUUGCAGACAGCAAAAUAAAAGGCUAUGACGAUAUCAUUAAUAAGAAAUAAGACACAAGUUGAGGAUAUUUAUGAAUAUUACAAGAGCAAUGAGAUAUAACCUGAAGAAAAAUUGAGGUUGCUUCAAAAAGUCUAUAAUGACGAUGUAGCUGAACAUAGUGCUGAUUCUAAGGAAGUCAAAUAAGUAGAAAUGAAUUUGCCUGGAUUUUAUAAAAAGUUUCAUGAGGCAAUCCCAAUUUUCUAUCCGAACACUCCAGGUCUCUUAUUUUGGAAAGGUUGGGUAGGAUUAAUAAUUAUAUUUUUCUUUUAUGAAAUUCCAAUCUAUAUUUCAUUUGACAAAGAAUUUGUACCUGAAUGGGCCAAAAUUCUAAUUGCUGUCUUGGCUUUGGUGACCUUUUCAUUUGAUAUGUGCUUAGAAUUUCAUAUGGCUUAUUAUUCACAUGGAAACCUCGUAGUGGAUAGAGCCAAAAUUGCUCAUAGAUAUUUGUAAUCGAGGUUUUUAUUUGAUGUGAUUGCAACCUUAGCCUUGUUAAUCAGAUCAAUUAUUUCAACAUAUAACGAAAGAUGGUUGUAUCUUUUUUUCUAUUUGAAAUAUCCAUCAUUAACUCGUAUUUCCUUUUAAUUUGGUGAAAUCGUUAUGCUUCAUCGUAGAGUGCGUACAAUAUUUUAAAUUGGAAAAGUCUUAGCAGUCCUUUAAUUCGUCUUUAUUGUCUACGCAUGCAUAUGGUAUCUGGCUUGUCUCUAUGCAACCAACAACGGAUACAAUUCCUGGUUGACUCAUGAAGGCAAUUUCGGAGCCAUAAGUGAAUUGACUUAGAUCUAAAAAUUCUUCUAUUCCUAUUAUUUCAGUGUAGGUACAACAACAACAACAAUGGGAUAUGGAGAUAUGUAGCCUCUUAAUACUUUUGAAGUGUUGGUUGGUAUGGGAGGCAUACUAUUUGCGGUUCUCAUUUUUGCUGUGAUGGUCAAUAUCAUAUUUAAGAUUUUAGAAGAAUAUGCUAUCUAUGAUAUCAAACGCUAUUAACAGCGUUUGGUGAUUAACAGAUAUAUGAUGGUUAAGGAUGUACCAUAGUAAUUAAGAGAGCGUGUUAGGUAAUAUCUGAAUGAGCAUUGGUAUUAAGAAGGAAAUAGGGAUAUUCAAGGAGAAUAAGAGAUCAUUGGAGAGUUAGCUCCAGAAUUGAAGGCAGAAUUACAAUUAGCUAGUUGUGGAAAAAUUCUAUUAUAAAUACCACUAUUUUGUACUAACUUUUCAAGGGGAUUUCUAAGAGAACUAUCAUCAACUAUUUAGGAGAUGAAUUAUGCUGAAUAUGAAAUGAUAUUCUUGGGUGAAGAUCCUUAAUUUUUGGAUGAUCAAUCAAUAUACUUCAUUAAUGUAGGGUAAAUAGCUAUAUUCCCUAAUAAUUUCAAUAAGUAAUUGGUAUUAAAGAAACUGGGAAAGGGAGAGUACUUUGGAGAAUUCGCCUUUCUUACUGGCUUUGAGAGAAAAGCAUCUGCCUAAGCUCUACAAUACAGUUAAUUAUACAAAAUUAGAAGAGAGGAUUUCUUAGGCACAUUGGCUAAAUUUAAUGAAGAUUACGAGAAGUAUUGGAUGAUUAAAGAUAAGAUAGAAUUCUAAAAGGAUUUCUCAGCAAUAGGAUAAUGUUAUACAUGCUAAUCUACUGCCCAUUACAGUACUGAAUGUGAAGUGACUCAUUUGGUAGUGGAUGCAAACAAGUUAAUAGUGUUUAAUUAAGACAAAUAGGGGAGAACUAAAUUCAAGAGAAAGGAGAAAAAGAAAUGGUAGACUUUUGUUAGAAUUGAAUGUUUUAAGAGAGAGGAAGUAGAUAACCAAUAAAUAGCUGUCAAAUCUGAUAUGGAACAGAAAUUGAAAGAGGUAGAACAAGUGUAGGAACAUUUAGAUGAUGAUGAAUUUAAGAAGUUUCAGAACAUUUUAAAGACUAAUUUUGAUACUUAUACCAACCAGUAUGAGGUUAAGGAAGGUCUACAAGGAAUGGAUUAGGCAUUUUAAUUUACUAAAUAUUUCACUGAAAACAAUUAUGCAAAUCAAUCCGAAUUUAUCAAUACUCAAGUUUAGAUUAAAUAGCCAGCUCGUUUAUCCAUAAUCCGUAGUAAAUAAGUAUCGUAGUAAAGGAGUAGACAAUCAUCUGUAUAAUAGUGA